AUGGCCUCUCAAGACCAAGCUCACGACUUUGAAGGGCUAUUUACAGAGGAGGAGUAUGUGAACACUCCUCCCCAGCCCCAGACUGCCAAUAUUUCUGUGGGACGUCGUCCUGGGCCUCAACCGUCAGCAACCGUUGAUCUAAACUGCGCCCUACGAACCAUCAUGGAGGCAGAAAAGCGGAGAACAAUCCAUAUUCUCAACAGAAAUCCAGGCGACCUGAUCAAGGAGCCAACAUCCACCGACCCAGCAAUGGAAAUGGCCUACAUCGCACAACUGGGUAUCAUGAACGCUGAUGAUUUGCAACUGGAGGGUGACAUCAGCCACUAUCUCAAAGAAAGAUCUGAAAUAGGCACCAACCUUCAGCCUCAAGUCCUUGUUUUCCCCGAUGGCUCCCCUGCAAGAUAUACUUGCAGACCCCAUGGCCUGGACGUACACAUGUUGGCUCCUGAAGUAUUCAAGGCUUUCAAGGACCAACACGAUGAGCGCAGCAGAAACCUCGAAUCAGAAUACGAAACUCGGUUGGGACAUUUGAAUGUCGCCCGCAAGAAUCUAAAUAUGCCUCUCCUAGCAAGAAAGGACCUCACUCAUCCCAUAAACUCCUGGUUUGCGGCCGCGAGCGCAGAUUCCCGGGCACAGCUUCUGAGCGACUACUUGGAGCUCCUGAGAGAUGCACAAAUAUCUUUCAUCACAUACAUUGUCUGCCCAAAUUGUCAGCGCCAUCAUUUCGAUCUCAAAACGCUCCAACAAUGGGAGAUGCUGAAGAAUGCCUGGACUGUUUCGACGACCGACGUCGGAGAUGGUUUUGAAGGAGCGGAGAUUUUCGCCAACUCGAUUACAGUCGACAAUUGUAAGCGGAAGCUCCUUCGUCUUGCGGGGAGACACAUCUCGGCUGUCGACGGAACUCGAUGCCGUCGUGCCCAAGCAGGUAGGGGUUAUUACCUGUUGUAA